AGCAUCACCAAAACCUCACAAUCAAUCACAACCACCGCCAAAAUGCAUCUCAUGUACACCCUCGACGCCCAAGGCAACCGCCUGUACACCCUCAAGAAGGUCGCUCAAGGCCAAGUCACCAAGUCCGCCCAUCCCGCGCGCUUCUCCCCCGACGACAAGUGGUCGCGCCAGCGCGUUACUCUCAAGCGACGAUUUGAGCUUCUCUUGACUCAGCAGAAGGACGAAUAAAUCACACAUGACGGGCGUUACGGUUCAGUUUGGGCGUUAGACUAAAAGUCUCAAUACAACUACUAGUGCUUCUUCUUCGAGUUUACAUUUCGUCCUGCUCCCACGCGAAUCUUUUGACCGCCUCCUGCUCGAUGCCCCGUUAAUAAAUCGGGCAAAUAAUCCUGGUCCA